GGCCCAGGCGGCGGAGGAGGCCCGGGAGGCGGCGGACGGGAAGCGGUCGGAGCAGGCCCGGCCCGGCCCUCGAGCGGCCCCCUGGCUGCAGCAUGCGCGUCCGCCGGGGGCUGCUGCGGCUGCCGCGCCGCUCGCUGAUCGCCGCGCUCUUCUUCUUCUCGCUCUCGUCCUCGCUGCUCUACUUCGUCUAUGUGGCUCCCGGUAUAGUGAACACCUACCUCUUUAUGAUGCAAGCGCAAGGCAUUCUGAUCCGGGACAACAUGCGGACCAUCGGCGCUCAGGUCUAUGAGCAGGUGGUUCGGAGCGCCUAUGCCAGGAGGAACAGCAGCCUAAAUGACUCAGAUUAUCCUCUUGACUUGAACCACAGCGAAACCUUCCUACAAACCACAACUUUUCUUCCUGAAGACUUCACCUACUUUGCAAACCAUACCUGCCCCGAAAGGCUCCCUUCCAUGAAGGGCCCAAUAGACAUAAACAUGAGUGAAAUUGGAAUGGAUACCAUUCAUAAACUCUUUUCCAGAGACCCAGCCAUCAAGCUCGGGGGUCACUGGACACCCUCCGACUGCGUGCCCCGAUGGAAGGUGGCCAUCCUUAUCCCCUUCCGGAACCGCCACGAGCACCUCCCAGUCCUGCUCAGGCACCUGAUUCCCAUGCUUCAGCGCCAGCGCCUGCGGUUUGCAUUUUAUGUCAUUGAACAAGUUGGCACCCAACCCUUUAAUCGAGCCAUGCUUUUCAACGUUGGUUUUCGAGAAGCAAUGAAGGACUUGGACUGGGACUGUCUUAUUUUUCACGAUGUGGAUCAUAUACCAGAAAGUGAUCGUAACUACUAUGGCUGUGGACAGAUGCCAAGGCAUUUUGCAACCAAAUUGGAUAAGUAUAUGUAUCUGCUUCCUUACACUGAGUUCUUUGGCGGAGUGAGCGGCCUCACAGUGGAACAGUUUCGGAAAAUCAACGGCUUCCCCAAUGCUUUCUGGGGUUGGGGUGGAGAAGACGACGACCUGUGGAACAGAGUACAGAACGCAGGCUAUUCCGUGAGCCGGCCGGAAGGUGACACGGGGAAGUACAAGUCCAUUCCUCAUCACCAUCGGGGAGAAGUCCAAUUUCUUGGAAGGUAUGCUCUGCUGAGGAAGUCCAAAGAGCGGCAAGGGCUGGAUGGCCUCAACAACUUGAACUACUUUGCAAACAUCACAUACGACGCCUUGUAUAAAAACAUUACUGUCAACUUGACACCCGAGCUGGCUCAGGUGACCGAGUACUGAGAUAAGGAGAGAAUGUGUGUUUGCUUUGCCCACCUCCCCCGAGAAAGCAGCCUGAUGGGAUGUCUUGGGGCUCCACCCAGGAAGAGAAUUAGAAAUAUGGCGUCUGAUGACGGGUCACAGGGUUCGAGGAAUGAUGUGAACAGAGUACACGCACAAAAUGCCCUCAUCGUUUGGACCCGCUGAGAUGGAGGGAGUAAGCUCGGGAGCUUCUUUCAUCAGGACUGGCUUUCUUUUUCCACAAGACAGACGUCUGUCCUGCUGCUCUUCUCCCCCGUCUCCCGCCCCAACGCCCCGUCCUAGCCCUGAUCUCCGGCACCGGAACCGGAACCAGAACCGUGACCCGCCAGGGCCCGCCCCAGAGUCUGUUCCUACAGAUGGCCUUUGGAGCUUCUUGGCCUUCAGAGCAAAGAGGCAAACCCACCACAGGGCAGCUGUGUUCUAGGAAGAGCAAAUGAAACUCCACACACCAUUCUUCAUCUCUGGUGUUCUCUUCGGUUUCAUUAAAAAAAAAAAUUUACCUGCUUUGGGUGGGGAUUGAGGGUGGAGGGGAGGGACUGGGGAAGAUAAAUAGACAUGUAACAAUCACUUCUUGAAGAAGUAUAAUUGUAAAUAAGCCAUGUAAAAUGCCUUUUUUAAAUUUAAUUUUAUAGCUGGCUUCAAUUCAAACUGAGGAUUUAUAUUGUCAGAUCACUUAUUUGGUUGGCAAAUGCAGGAACUCAGUUAAAAUGCAAUGGAAGAAUAUAUCUCCCAAAUUGCUGUCACUUUGGAAAGGAGUGGAUUUAGGGCAUGUCACAAGAGAACAAAAUAGUCCAUUCACGGUCACUGGUAGCUGACUUCUGCCCCUGUCCGCCCCCUUCUCCCAAGGUCUUGCUCUUGACUUUUGCUCUGGAUUCUCUCCCCUGCUGGGCACAGGCACCUCUCCCCAAUCUUUUGCUGAACAGGAUGCUGCUCUUUACAGCAAGCUGCUCGUGCUGCCCAAAGCAGACCCUUCCGGGGAGGGCGGCCGGCUCGCAGCCCUGGGCUCUGGCCCUUGUUUUGUCGGUUCGUCAGUUUAUCACCCUAAAGAGGAAGGAUGGGUGGUGUCUUUCCUUCCCUCUUUCUCUUGCUCACUUUUUUUUUCACCUGUGGAACGUGGUCACAAUUUCUGAAAUCUGUGCCUAAAUUACCACCUAGCUUCAGUGAUUCCUCUGGAUAUUGCCUUUUUGGUUUCCAACAGCAUUCUCUAGUCCACAGAACUAACGAGCAAUCGAAGGAUGAGAAGCUCGGCCAGAAGCAGGUGACACUUGUGUGCUGUGGGUCGGCUGGGAUCCAGGUCAGACCAAAUUAGAGCUUUGAAAUUAGACUAACAAAGCUCUGGGUGCGAGGGCCCUGGGCUCUGUGCACCCCUACGUGCUUUUGGAAAUCAGAUUCUAAAUUGCAUUUGAAUUUGUGCCUCUCUGUUUUUUCCCUGAGCCAAAUCCCUUAAUUCAUAGUCCCUGUUGACUUCUGCAGAAUUCUGAAAAAUGCCAGUGUUUUUUCCUCUCCUUUUCCAUAAAACAUAUUUAUAUAUCAUGAUUGGGAGUGCUUUCUGAAGAGUACUUCCUAUUUUUUUUAAUUGCCUUGUUUGCCUUCAACUUCCUUAAUUUUCAUGGUUUACAUGGAUGUACGUGUAGAGGUGUAUUUGUGUAUACACGUGUGGGUUGGGGUUUUUUUCUGAUGCAUGUGUUGGUUCCAUGGACAUAUGAUCCCCACAGGCUGUGGGAGUGAUUGGCCAGGCCUUGUUUUUGUUCAUGUUUUUGUUCUUUUGAAGAAUAGAGUGGUAUUUAGAAAAUCAAUUGCAUUGCAAAGCUCUUACCAGCUCAUAUGAGAGAGCAGGCUGCUGCCCUUGAAAAUGCUGGUAAGUUGUAUUAUAUGCUUUAAAAGAAUUUGAGAAUUUCAUGCUUUAAAAGACCUUCAUGAGGGAACAUUGCACACAGAAGUCCAUUCGGUUUUCCUUUGAUGUAUGAUGCACAUAGCAAUAAAGGUUGCUUUCCCCUUGUCCCGGCUGCCCCCUCAGACCUUUGGGCUGCCCGUGGCACGUCCCGCCCUCCUCCCUCUCCUUCCCUCUUCCUCGCUGAAGGCUGAGCGGCUUUCAGCGAGACAAAACUAUGAUGCCGUUGGGAAGACUUGGCCGGGACACACUGCUUGAUACUUGGCAGGUGUUGUAAAGUGAUCUUUUUUUGAAGUUUUUUUAUCAACUUAUUUACCACCAAGAACAAAAUGUUGGCAAAAGGCUAACACCUGAUUAAAAAAAAGAGAAUGCUGAGUUGAGGACAGGAAGGAAAGGUCUCAUGAAGUCAGGUCACUUAAAUUAUCUUGCAGUCUUGUGUAAGUUUGUUGUUAGUGUGAAAUCUCUUACUGUGUACUGUGAGCCAUUUAUCCACCAAGUUGAGUAUUGUGUGAGAAACUAAAAUGUUAAAAUCAUACAGCCAGGCCGAGUGCUGUUAAUGGUGUGAAAUUCUCUUGUUUAAAAAAAAAAAAUAAUAAGAACCAAAUGUGACCUUGUGCAUAUUUUGGCAGCUGAAAUUCUUUAAGGCUACUACUGAUGGGUAUGACCCUCCCCCCUUAAAUCAUUCUUGUCUUUGAUUAUUGCCAGACAGAGAAAGGUUUCUCCUUUCACACUUUUUUUUG